ACCACGCAAAAGUCAAAACUUUUUUCAGACCACAGUCCAACCAACAUCGUCGUGAUUAGCUGUACGUUCCGUCGACGGGGCGAAAGAAGUCCAACAAUUUAAUCGUCGGUGGUGACCACGCGAAUUCGCGAUUCAAUCGAAGAUAGACAAGCUUAGUGACGGGAUUUGUGAGCACUGCGUUAGUGCUGAAAGGUGGCCAAAUUAAAGCUUCGUCGGUGUAAAGGUCGGAUAGAAGGAAGGAAAAAUACGCAUCAGAAUUGCGGUAUCUGUCUGUCUGGCAGGCAGACCUGUCCAAGCAAUCCGCGUGUCUUGGAGGAAGAGAAUUCAUGGCCUACCACGGGAUAGGGUCAAAUUGAUCAUUAGAGGAUUGAUUAGGGGAGACGUUUCAUAAUCCCGCAGGAUCAUUGCCUACUACGUCGUGUUCAAGGAAAAAAAGUGCGUUUCUUAAAUUAAUUUUAAAAGAAAAACGAAAAAAAAAAACUCAGGGUUAUACUCUGUGUCUGUCUUGCUUGUCUGUCCUACACUGAAAUAAUGUGCGUGUUGGUGUGAUUUUUACAUUCUCGUUUCCUUUGCCUGAUACUUUCGUGUUCCUUUGUGGUGUGUGAUGAAUAACAACAACAAAACCAAAAAGAAUAACAUUCAACAUUAUUGCUCGAGAAAGAUAAUGUCGUCACCGUCUUGGCCGUCGUCGUCUUCGUCGUCGUUUUGGGAGCAAAAAGUUUAUUACGCUGUGCACUAGAAAGUGAAGGAAAAAAUAGCCCAAAAUAUACGUUUCAGUGUCUGUGUUCUGUGACCAGAUUGCCCCGUGGAUUACUUGAGAAAUAAUAAUACUAAAAAUUGAUCUUACAUCCGAAAAAAAACCCCGAGCUAGAAGAACAACUCGACAACGAGAGCAGAAUCAGCAUCAUCAUCGUCUAUCUCUCACACACUUGAGGUGGAGCAAUCCAUGAAUGAAGGCGAAAUUCCUUACGAUUUGAAAUAACAACGCCAGCUGAAGCUGAACCUGCAAGCAGCACCAGCAGCAGCAUCGGUUGAUUGAGCUAAGCUGCGAGGCGGCAGUCGUCUUAUUGCCGUGGCGCAAAUUGCCCACCAGCACACGAGCGAGAAAGUAACACGUCGUCACGAUCGCGAUCGCGAAUUGAUCGUUCAACAGAGCCCCCGUCAGAAUGUCAUCGUCCGACGCCACCAACAACAGCCAGCAGCAGCAGCCGACAAUGGCCCCGGCCACGGCUGCGGCUUCAGUGCCCAUUUCACAGCCCACCCGGGUCACCCAGCCGCCACCAGCCACGAUCAUCAAGGAGGGCUGGCUGUACAAGCGCGGUGAACACAUCAAGAACUGGCGCUCGCGCUAUUUUGUCCUGAAGGACGACGGCACCCUGGUCGGGUACAAGAACCGUCCGGACGCGUCCUUCCAGGCGGAACCAUCCAACAACUUUACCGUGCGCGGCUGCCAGAUCAUGUCCGUCGAUCGGCCACGGCCCUUUACCUUCAUCAUCCGUGGCCUCCAGUGGACCACCGUCAUCGAGCGGAUGUUCCACGUGGAGGAGGAGAAAGAGCGCCAAGAGUGGGUCGAGGCCAUCCGGAGUGUGGCGAAUCGGCUUACGGAGGCCGAAGCGUACCAGGGCGGAGCGGGUCCGGGCGAGUCGAACGAGGACGUCGAGAUGGCGUCCAUCGCCGAGGACGAGCUGCUGACGGAGAAGUUCUCGGUGCAGGGCACGUCCACCGGCAAGAUCAGCGGCAGGAAGAAAGUGACGCUGGAAAACUUCGAGUUCUUGAAGGUCCUCGGCAAGGGCACGUUCGGCAAGGUGAUCCUGUGCCGCGAGAAGACGACCGCCAAGCUGUACGCGAUCAAGAUCCUCAAAAAGGAGGUGAUCGUGCAAAAGGACGAGGUGGCGCACACGAUGGCCGAGAACCGCGUCCUCAAGCGCACCAACCAUCCCUUCCUGAUUUCUCUCAAAUAUUCGUUUCAAACCGUGGACCGAUUGUGCUUCGUGAUGCAGUACGUCAACGGCGGUGAGCUGUUUUUCCACCUGAGUCGCGAGCGGGUCUUCUCCGAGGAUCGAACCCGGUUCUACGGGGCCGAAAUCAUCUCUGCGUUAGGAUAUUUGCACUCGCACGAGAUCGUGUACCGGGAUCUGAAGCUGGAGAACCUGCUGCUGGACAAGGACGGCCACAUCAAGAUCGCCGACUUUGGCCUGUGCAAGGAGCAGAUCACGUACGGUCGCACCACGAAGACCUUCUGCGGCACGCCGGAAUAUCUGGCCCCGGAGGUGCUCGAGGACAACGAUUACGGGCUGGCCGUAGACUGGUGGGGCACCGGAGUCGUAAUGUACGAGAUGAUGUGCGGCCGGUUGCCGUUCUACAACCGUGAUCACGACAUCCUGUUCACGUUGAUCCUGAUGGAGGAGGUCAAGUUCCCGCGGAAUAUCACCGCAAAUGCGCGCGAUCUGUUGACUGGACUGUUGAUGAAACAGCCGAAGGAUCGGUUGGGUGGAGGACCAACGGACGCGAAGGAAAUUAUGGUACAUCCGUUCUUCUCCAGCAUCAACUGGACCGAGCUGUACCAGAAGCGUAUUCCGCCGCCGUUCAAACCGCUGGUAACGUCCGACACCGAUACGCGCUACUUCGAUUCGGAGUUUACUGGCGAGAGUGUAGAGUUGACGCCACCGGAUAAUAAUGGACCGUUAGGGGCCAUCCAGGAGGAGCCGCAUUUUUCACAGUUCAGCUACCAGGACAUGGCAUCCACCCUGAACACGCCGUCGUUCAUGAACAACCCCAACAGCUACGUGUCGAUGCAGUGAGCAGACUCGCGCAAAGGACCCCCCAGCAGAGAGCAGGUACCGGACAACUCUCCGGAGAUCGGCAACAGCUUUUCGUUUGCGGCAGUGUUUCCGGAAUGAACUAAGUCACCACCUCCCCCCAAAAGGGUGGUGCGCGUGGUUCGGUUCGACGACACAUUUCGUUUUGAUUCGAAAACCAGCAGCAGCAGCAGCAGCAUGAGAAGGAGCAGAAACAAUAUUUAGUUGAAGCGCGUGUGGCGAGGGGGGCGUUCUGGAAAGGGGCGUGUCCCUCGCCAGCGUAGAAACCUUUCGCCCAGCAAUAGACCGGUUAACUUCAGGUAACGCUGACACACAAAACAAAAAAAAACAGGAGCAAUCGCAACAGGUGUCCCACCUUAAGACACAAGCAAUAGCCCAACCAAAAGCAGCAGAAACAGACAAAAUAUUCCAUUCCCACUUUUUUUACGUUUUUUUUUUCAUACAACUAUCCACAUUCACAACCACAACAAAAUAGUCAAACAGAAAAAAAAUAUUGUAGCAGAUAAGAAGCGAAAACCGUUCACAACCUCCCCUGCAAUUUAAAACUAAAAACAAAAAUGGCUCUUCCUUUUUCAACCAUGAAUGCUAAAAUUUAUAAUAAGUUUAAGGAGUAAUUAUAACGCGAGGAAAGAAAAACACAACAAAAACAUGAAACUAAGGUAAAAGAUCGAACUGUGAUAAAACUAAAAAAAAAAGUUUAACCAAUCAGAUGCAAGCAAGUGCGCGCGGAUUAACCAUAAACAAAUGCCCGAGAAAUAAAGUUAAAAAUAAAUAAAAAGGAGGUGUAACUUGCAGAGCAAAUAAAGUACCCCCCCAAAACAUGUAGCGUUUAGUUUAAAUCUAGCCGAUAGUGGAUAAAAUAAAACAAAAAUGUGAGGUAAAAAAAAAACUUACUGAUAACUCAAAAUAGACGGAUUUCAAAAUUUGCUGGCCCACAAAAUUACUGAAAAAAGACACAACCCCAUUUAUAUGUUUUUGGAUUUCGCCAAACAGCCAAAUUAAAAAAAAAAAACAAGCGGAAAACGCUGAAAUUUAUCAUUAAAUGUUAUUGUUUCGUUUGAAUUGUUUGUUGCUGUUGUAAGUAUUGAACCCCCAAAAUCAGAACAUUUUUUUUUUGACUAUUUUUGACAAUUUAAUUUUUUUAUCAAUUGAUUUCGAAAAAAAUAUUUAUCUUCAAAAAAGUACGGAAGUAAAGUCUAGUAGGCUAUGCUAUGCACCACGUCGGAAGCCAACCUUCUGUUUUUUUUUUUCUUGUAGCCUAGCAACGGCCACAACAUUCGGUGACGAGGAGAAGAAAAUUUCCUGGAACUUUCUCAAAGAUUUUUGUCAACUUAAGCCGCACAGGAAAAUGUACGACGCGGAUCUCCGGCAAGUUAUCCUCAGACUGGACGCGCUCCUUGCAAAACAGAACAUGAUGUACGACUGUUGGCAUAAAUAAGUUUGAAACGGAGUUGGUUGGACUUUGAACCAAGUUUUAAUUUUGACUUGAAAAAGCCAAGUUAUUUUAAAAAUUUUCAAGUAGAAUUUCUUAGAUUUGUUUGGAGAUAUUUUGACGGUUUUGUUUUGCAAUAAUUUACCAAGUUUAACUUUAAAAACAGCAGAAAUGCAAAGUAAGACUGGGUAAAAGUUGCAAGAUCUGCCCCAAGUAAGCGAUACGAUCAUUCACAUAAAUGAGCUGAAGAGCGACAUUUCGAUUUUAAAACAAAUGUUUUUGGUGACAGUAGGGGAACAGCAUCAAAUUCCAGCGUGCCUCUAAUGUUGGCAGGUCAGAACUUUGACAUUCAAUUAAAGCUAAUUGAAAGCGUUUUCAACUGAAAUGGAGUGAUAAAUAGCUCAAUAAGAAGUGAGCAAGGAAGUUUCUAUCAAAAGUUUUGCAAAAUUAGUUGUUUAAAUAGUGAAAAUACGCAAAUUGGAUGGAGUUAGGAACGAUUGCUUAACCUUCCAAACAUACGAGAAUUUCCCCUACUUGUUCACUAACUGGGCAGAGAAUAGGAACCAAAUAUUUUUACUUCAAUUCGCGAUUAAAAGCUUCUUAAUUCCACCAGAUGGCGCGAAUCAUCGAAGUAUGACGAUUCAAAUUUUCCCAUAGGAAUGAAAACUUAAAAUUUAAUUUACAGCUCUUAGAACAAAAUUUUGAAAAAAAAUUCAAGUAGUACGAGUGUAAACUUUUUGCCCUCUAAAAAUUAACGCAAUAAAAAAGAUUUUGAAAAAAAAAUUAAAGAAAAAAUAGGUAAAAUUAUAGAGCAUCAAGAGUUUACACAGUAUCAGCUCGAAUUUUUGCUCAAAAGUUGUUUUGAACGCUGGAAUUUAACAGAACAGAAUUCGCAUACAUAACCUCAAAGGCAAAAAUUGGCGUUUAAGAGCCAAUUUUUUAUGUCUUUUUUAUUGCGUGAAUUUAUAGAGGGCAAAAAGUUUACACUCGUACCACUUGAAUUUUUUCUCAAAAAUUGUUCUAAGAGCUAAAAAAAUAAAUUUAAAGUUUUCAUUCCUAUGUCACCACACAGGGAAAAUUUUAAUCGUCAUACUUCGAUGCUUCGCGCCAUCUGGUGGAAUUAUUGAGCUUUUAAUCGCGAAUAGUCAAACAAAAAUAAGUCAAAGCUUCACCCGUAACGGAGCUAGUCACAGAUCGACUGGUACCCUCAGGGAUGUUCCGAUGGGGGCAGUGUUGCGAUCCUCACGCGCUCACGCGCUCGUGAGCGCUCAUUUUUCGCUCAUUCGUGAGGAGGAGCGCUGCGUGAGCUAGCUCACGUUUGCCCGCGCUCACGUUUGCUCCGAUUUUUUUCAGCUCGCGUUUGCCCCACGCUCGCGCUCGCGCUCAUUUUUCGCUCACGGAGCGCUCACUUUGGAAGUAUCGCGAAUCGUUUUACGUUUUUGAGAAAGUUUUUGUUCUUCAAUCCUAGUUAGAUUUUUUGCUUAAGACGCAGCAUGAGCAUGUCAGUGGAAACAUCACUUAGGAUCAUUUUUUUUAUAUAUUAAUUGAAAUAGCUUAUUUUCAUUGACUAUGUUUUUGAAUAAUAAAUUGGAUUCGCAAGGGUCAAAUCAUAUUGGAGACCUACAGUCAGAGUUGAAAAUUUAAAUAUUUUCGAAUUAAUCGGGCUUACCUUUAAAAUAGUUAAGGUAAGCAGAGACAAUUGCUGGGGCAAGGGUAUGAGCGCGUAAACAAAAAGGACUGAAACCCUUAGAAAAACUUGGUAAGCUCGAUUCAAUUUCAUGUGCUUUGUUUAUUAAAAUAUAACAUUAAACUGUUUUAUGUACCUAAACAGUUUGUUGACUACUUUUCCAGCGUGCGGGUCAGAAUGAGCAGCCAUUAAUAAAAUCAUUCCGUUUCAUAAAUCGUUCAGUGCUUGGAAACGGCCGAUAAUAUUUAUAAAGUUAAUCUUUCUCUUUCUCAUUUUAGAAAAUGAGGUAAAAUUGUUGAAUCAGUUUUCUUUUUACAUUAAAGCCUCCAAAUUGCUAGUGUUUGAAAUAAUCCAUUUGAAUGAAAUAAUAUAAAUUGUCAUUAUUUUGUUUUACCACAUAAAGGGUGGCUCCUCUUCCCCCAAGUUAAUUAUAUUUAACACUUCCGCUACCAAGCCCCUGAAAAUGUUCAUUUAUAGAUUCAAUAAAUGAUUUUUUUUAAUAUGGACAUUCUGUAAAAUGUUCCAAAUAUGAGAGAUGAUUAUAACUUUUAUAAAGCUUACUGCUUUUUUAUAAACAGUUUUUUUUGUGUUUUUAAAACCGCCUUGAGUCAAAACUCCACAUUCUAGAAACUUAAAAUAAACAUAAUUUGUCAAUUAAUUCAAUUGUUUGUACAUAUCAAUGCAUCUCUUCACGUCAAUGAAUUUUUACAUUAAGAAUGAGUUAGCUUUUUGUUAGCUCACUCAAAAGUGAAUCAUUCUGCCCCUUGGCUAAUUCUGAAUUUAAAAUAGAACGUAUAUUUCAGUUCGCCGACUAAAUCCAUUUCAUUGCUUACUUUUGUUCGUUUGACCACUUUCUUGUUUGUUUUUGCUGCCUGUUCUGAGAUAGUUCUAGAAACUUCGUUUCAAACAGGCAGAUGCUUCAACAGGGGAAAACAACUACCUACUUUGGCUCACCAGCUCACGUGAGCGCAAAACGCUCCAGUGAGCGUGAGCGAGCACGAGCUACCUGAUAAAAACUCACGCUCCAGCUGGAGCGAGCACGCUUUCCGUGAGCGCUCGCUCAUUCGCAACCCUGGAUGGGGGGGAACAUUUACGGAACCAUGCGAAUUUUGGCUAAAUUCGUGGUUAUCGACACUCGAUACAGACAUUUAUGUAAUUUAACAUUCUAACAACGUUCUUUGUCGUAACGGUCAUGUCUGUUACAUAACCACCUGGACCUUUUUUGUCGGUUGGUUAAAAGCUCAGGAUUCGCCCUAAGCAAGCGAAACGAUCAUAGGCAUAAAAGUGUUUGAUUGGAAGUGAUUUCGACUUUGGAGAUGAUUGACAAGUACAUAAAUUGUGAAGAAAUAACGAUGUAUUUAACUAAAAAAAUAAUCACUGUAAAAAGUUGAUUAAAUAUUUUUUGUCAGUUCCUAAAAGUUUUCUCUUGCAAACAAAAAUUCAAAAUUAUUUUAAGUUUGAAAAAUUGGGCAAUAGUUUCGGGAUUCGCCCAAGGCAGGCGAUACGACCGUUGUCACAAAUAAAUUGGAGCAAGACUUAUUUUGAUUGAUUUAAACGAGUUUUUUAUUGAUUUUUUUUAGUUGUUGUUUUAAUACUUUUUGUAUUUUUUUUUCAUAAAUCGAUUGACGAUAAAUUUGAAAAUAACUCAACACAAACAGCAGCAAAGCAAACAAAAUCUAUGCGGAAUCAAAUAAUUCCGCAGCAAUGUUUAUUUUAAUGAAUUCAUACGCAAAAUCUGAUAUAUAUCACUGCCUUAGAUAAGAGAAAGAAUAAACAAAAAGAAAACGUAGAAGUGUACCACACCGUGAAAGGCACAGUACCAGAGUGUAGAGGAGAAAUAUAUAUAAUUGCAACACAAAUAUGACACAGUAAAGGGUCAAAAAUAUCGUAAAAAAAAUUACCAAUAAGUCAGUAGUUGACUAAAAACAACUGUAUAACAUAACAAAAUAUUGAAUCCAGGCGGUAAUCAUGAUUGAUGAUGCUAUUAUAUAAAACAAAAACUUUAAGUUGACAAACAGCAAGAUGCUUUAACCAGAACGUUAGACAAACAAAAGGGUGACGUUGAUUUUCCUCUGUACCAUCGCAACAGUUGACACAAAAUUUAUUCGACAAAAAAAACAAAACGCGUGCAAACAAACAAACAAAACCUAUUGUAAAGAACUAACGAGGGUGCUCACUUAUAAAUCUGUAACGAGUAAGAAACUUUAAAUCGUAAAACAACUUUAUCAAACCACACAGAAAAGAGAACGAGAGAGUAAGGCAGCACAACUACUCAGAGAGAGAGAGAGAAAAAUAAAUGCAGAAUAAAACUAAACUAUAUUACGAGCAGACAAACAAUGAUCCUAAUCUUCCUUUUAAGUAUUAUACAACAACCUCGAGACAAAACAAAAAGAACCGCAAUGCUAUCACACGUUUGCAGACAGAAAACUAAGGAUGCUCUAACAACGCGCGCAGUACGCAACAAAUAAAAGCAAAACUUCAGUUCGAAAAAAUAAACUGCAACGGGCAAGGUUCUCUGAUAGAGAAGGAAAAAAACGGUUUGAGCAGAGAGAAAUAUGUAAUAAUAGCUGCAGGAAUAAACGUUAAUUUAUAGAA